CGCAGUUCUGAAGCGGGGAUGUUGAGGGGGGUAGGGCAGUUACUCCCCUUCAGGCAUCGUUUUUUGGGUGGCUCCCGGGGCUCCUUUGGAAGGCCCCCCAGCUCUAGGAAGGUGAAGGGAUGAGCAGAAGUGAAUCCUAGGAGGAGACACAGCUGACCCAGGACCUUUCAGAGGAGCCUCCUGACCAUCCUGCCUGAAGGGACCAGACUUGGGUGAGGUCAGAAGAUCCAGAGAACAGCAGGGAGGGCUGUGGCCAUGGAAGCCUGGGCUCCACAGCUGGAGGAGAGAGCAGUUACGAAAGGCCCACCACAAAGGUGCAGAGGAUGGAGACGAGAAGAAGAGGAGGGGGUGACCUCGGGACUCCUGACAGCCCAGGCCAAGGAAUCAAUCACUUUCAAGGAUGUUUCCGUGGACUUUACUCGAGAAGAGUGGGGACAACUGGACCCUGCUCAGAAGAACUUAUACAGGGAUGUGAUGCUGGAGAAUUACAGGAACCUGGUCUCCUUGGGGCUUCAAGUCUUUAAGCCAGAUGUGAUCACCAGCUUGGAGCGAGCAGAAGCACUGUGGACAUUGGAGAACAAAGUCUUCAGACCCUCUGGUGUGGACUGGGAAAUAAAGCCUGAGAUCAAAGAGACCUUUUCAAAACGGAGCAUGUAUAUGGAAGAGCCAUUGCCAGAAAAACUAAAGAAUGACAAUCCCUGGGAUUGUACAUUGGAACAAGUAUGGAACUAUGAUGGGAAGUGCAAGAAACAGUGCAGUGGCCAAGAGAAAGAGUCAAGGGAAGUAACAGUCAUUCCCAAAAGAAUAAUCAGUGAGAUGAGAAGCCAAGAAGGGAAUUUUGGGAGGAAUUUUGGACAAAUGUCAUUUCUUGUUGCACAGCAGAGUAUUGCUACAAAAAAGAGUCUCCGUCAAUAUAAUACAGAUGGCAAUAACGUUAAACAGUAUUCAGAACUAAUUAAAUAUAAUAGAAUUUCCCCAGGAUUGAAACCUUACAAAUAUGAAUAUAGUAAAGCUUCCAAUUCCAACUCACACCUUAUUCAGUAUGGUAGAAUACCUCCCGUACAGAGAAUCUCUGACUGUGAUGAACUUGGCAAAGCCUUGCAACAAAAGAAGCACCUUAUUCAACCUCAGAUAAAUCAUGCUGGACACAAAGUCUAUAAAUGUGGUGAAUGUGGAAAAUUCUUCAGACAGAGCAUGCAUCUUAUUCAGCACCAGAGAAUUCACACUGGAGAGAAACCAUAUAACUGUGAUGAAUGUGGAAAAGCCUUCAGGCAAAAAAUUCACCUCAUUCGACACAAGACACUGCAUAGUGAAGAGAAACCCUUUAAAUGUAAUCAUUGUGGUAAAUGCUUCAGUGACAGCUCAUCACUCAACGUACAUCAGAGAAUUCAUACUGCAGAAAAACCCUAUCAUUGUAAUGAGUGUGGCAAAGCCUUCAGCCUCAGUCAAUACCUUAUUCAACACCAGCAAAUUCAUACCACUGAGAAACGUUAUAAAUGUAGUGAGUGUGGCAAAGCCUUCAGCCUCAGUCAGUACCUUAUUCGGCAUCAGAAGAUACAUACUGGAGAGAAACCCUAUGAAUGCAAUGAAUGUGGUCAAACCUUUACUCAGCAGGGAAGUCUUACUCAGCAUCAGAGAAGCCAUGCUGGAGAGAAACCCUAUAAAUGUAGUGAAUGUGGAAAAGCAUUUGGCCGGAGUCUGUAUCUUACUCGACAUCAGAGGAUUCACACUGGGGAGAAGCCCCAUAUUUGUGGUGAAUGUGGAAAAUCCUUUAAUGAUACUGCAGUCCUUGCUUUACAUCAGAGAAUUCAUACUGGAGAGAAACCUUGUAAAUGUAAUGUUUGUGGAAAGGCCUUCCGCCACACAAACCAAGUUACUCAGCAUCAGAGAAUUCACACUGGAGAGAAACCUUACAAAUGUAAUGAAUGUGGGAAAGCUUUCACUCACUGUGCUGGCCUUACUCAUCAUCAGCGAAUUCACACAGGAGAAAAGCCCUAUAAGUGUGAUGAGUGUGGAAAAGCGUUCAAACAGAAAGUUUACCUAACGCAACAUCAGAGAACUCAUACUGGAGAGAAACCCUAUAAGUGUGAUGAAUGUGGUAAGACCUUCAGGCAGUGCUCAGCCCUAAUUUCUCAUAAAAGGACUCAUACUGGAGAGAAACCCUACACCUGUAGGGAAUGUGGAAAGGCCUUCAGUCAUAGCUGUAGCCUUACUCUGCAUCAGAGAAUUCAUACUGGAGAGAAACCCUAUAAAUGCAAUGAAUGUGGCAAAGCCUUUAGCCAAAAUAUAUUCCUUACUAGACAUCAGAGAACUCAUACAGGGGAGAAACCCUUUAAAUGUAGUGAAUGUGGCAAAGUAUUUAGCCAGAGUAUGUCUCUUACCCGCCAUCAGAAAACACAUACUGGGGAGAAACCCUACAAAUGUGAUGAAUGUGGAAAAGGCUUCAUCCAGAAGAUACAGUGUAUUCAGCAUCAGAAAAUUCAUACUGGAGAGAAACCUUAGAAAUAGAAGUUAUAUGAGAAAGACUUCUAGUCAGAGCAGAUGUAUAAUCAUUCAACAUCAGAGAAUUCAUAUUGGGAUAGAAAAGUUACAAACAUAAUAAUGAGUGCUAUAAGGCCUUCAGGUGUAGUUUAUUCCUCACCACAGCUUUCAAAAUAAAAAUUAACAGCGUUUAAAGCUUUAGUUGUAACUGUCAUUUAUUGAUCAGUCAACAGGUAUUUAUUAAGCACCACACACUGGAAAUACAAAUAGAAAGAAUGAAGCCAUCCCUGCUCUCAAGGAACUUACAUUAAAUAAGAUUUAAGAGAACAGUUUGGUACAUGAAACUGAAAAAGAAAAAUAGUCUUCUCUUUCCUUCGAUACACUACUGCCAUUAAGUGUUAGUCAAUUUAUACCCUUCUGAAAGGGCUGAAGUCUAAAAUAAGGUCUCUAAGAAGCAUGGGUCUCUAGGAUCACUUGCAGAUCCAAACCUAUGAUCCUAUUACCCAAGUGAACUGAUGCAAAACAGACAAUAGAUUCAGGUGAACGAUAUACAACAUGACUGUCAUGAUAUACACGGCAGCCACACUAAAAGGUAGCUGACCUUAGAUUGAAUACAAUAAGCAAUCUUGGUUCUGGACAACAUAUGAUACAUGCUUUCCUUUUGUUUGAGAGGUGGGAGACUAUGGGAGUGGAAUGUUGCAUGUGUUGUCACACAAUCCUGGUCUCAAUCGCUUGGCUUAACAUUUUCUUCUUUGGUACAAGGGAGGGUUCUGUGAGGGUGGGGGGCAAUGGGAAAAGGUUAAAUGAGGAAAUUGUGGUGCUGUAGAAGGAGCACAAAUAAAACAAAUUAAAACUUCCUAAAACACUGUGGCUUCUUGAAAACAAAAGGGAACUUGAAUGUCCAAACCUAAACUGAGAUGACAUUUUUGUGUGAGGGAAUAAAUGAAUUAUGUAUAUAGUUGAUAAGCAUUAAGUAGGUUGGUUUUCCCAAAGGUCAAUGUACAGCCAGCUCCACAGUAUAAGAAACCCUCGUGAGUGUUGGCUAGUAUGUCUAGUCCCAUCUUUGUGAAUAAUCCUCAAGUUUUCUCAUGUUUUAGUCAGAGAAGCUAGGAUGGGGACUGUGUAGAUCUCAGCUCUGUUCUGGAAGAGC